CCGGACGGCGGCGGCGAAGGGGCGGCCGAGCCCCCCCGGGAGUUACGCUGUAGCGACUGCAUCGUGUGGAACCGGCAGCAGACGUGGCUGUGCGUGGUGCCUCUGUUUAUCGGCUUCAUCGGCCUGGGGCUCAGCCUCAUGCUCCUCAAAUGGAUCGUGGUGGGCUCCGUCAAGGAAUACGUGCCCACCGACCUGGUGGACUCCAAGGGGAUGGGCCAGGACCCCUUCUUCCUCUCCAAGCCCAGCUCCUUCCCCAAGGCUAUGGAGACCACCACCACGACCACUUCUACUGCGUCCCCCGCCACCCCCUCCGCCGGCGGCGCCGCCUCUUCCAGGACGCCCAACCGGAUUAGCACCCGCCUGACGACCAUCACGCGGGCGCCGACUCGCUUUCCCGGGCACCGGGUGCCCAUCCGGGCCAGCCCGCGCUCCACCACCGCACGGAACACUGCGGGCCCCCCGACGGUCCUGUCCACCACAGCCCCCUUCUUCAGUAGCAGCACGCCGGGCUCCCGACCCCCGGUGCCAGGAACCCCCAGUACCCAGGCAAUGCCCUCCUGGCCCACUGCGGCAUACGCUACCUCCUCCUACCUUCAUGAUUCUACUCCGUCCUGGACCCUGUCUCCCUUUCAGGAUGCUGCCACCACCCCUUCCUCCUCCUCGUCUUCCUCCUCCUCUACCACCACCACGCCAGAAACAAGCACCAGCCCCAAAUUUC